AUUAAACGGACUCAUUUUCAAUUGUUCAGAAAGCAAACCCCACAAAACAAAGCACAUCUGUUUGCACUCCAUUGGUCCAAGGCCCCGCAACAACAAACCCAAUGGUUCCCUCCUCCGUCACCGCCGCGGCCACCACCACGACGGAAUCACGAUCAUUCCACCACUCUGUGAUAACCCUAGACACCACAAUCUCUCAAUCCGUUCACUCUCUCUUCCACUCAAUCAUACCUCGCUCCUUUCUCCACCUCCUCGAAUACUCCGCUGACUUCCGUCUAUCCUUUCCUCUUGCUCUUUCCCUCUAUAUCACUCCCAUUCGGCCCACUUACUUAAUUCCCUUCCUUCGGGGUCUCCUUCUCGAUCUUCUCUUAAUCGGACUCGUUAAAUCAAUCUUCCGCAGAUCUCGCCCCCACUACAAUCCUAACAUGAUCCCCGCUGUUUCUGUUGAUAACUUUUCUUUCCCCAGCGGCCACGCCUCCCGAGUUUUCUUCAUUGCGGGUUUCUCUUAUUUGUUCAAUGUUUUUAUCGGAAAUAGUUGGUUUCUGUUUGCUGUUUGGGCUUGGGCUUUGCUUACUUCGGUCUCUAGAGUUCUGCUUGGCAGACAUUUUGUUCUAGAUGUUUUUGCUGGAGCAUGUUUUGGUGUGCUGGAAGCUAUGAUUGUGUUUAGCUUUUUGAGUUUUUAGAGUUUGAGAAAUAGCACAAAUGUGCUGGCUGUGGUUCCCUGCAUUGUUGGAUCUUCGUCUUCGUCUUCACGUCUCUGAAGUAAGCUUGCCCUGUUUAGUACUGAAGUUACUUGUUCUCUUAUAGUGGAGAAUGGAGAUGGUUUCUUUAGUAUAAACUGAUAUAUGUUGUCACCCUCAAGUGUGUGUGUGUGUGUCAGCUGCAAUCAGAGGACUUUAUUUCUUCUACUUUUGAGUCUUCUACACAUUGAAGCUUUAAAUGUGCUUUUACACUGAGUAAAUAGGCAUGUGGUUUGAAUCUCGACAAUUUAAUGGGAACUGCUUUUAGAACACAUGGAAUUAGUGUAUUCUCCAGCAGAGCUAUUGGGAGAUUUCUAUAGCAUCUUUACUUGUAUUGAGUAAUUGCAUAUGUCAUGCUGAAUACUGGGCUAGCUGUGGUUGGACUACUAAGGAAGAGAGAUGCAUAUCCCAUGUGCAUUUCAUCAACUAUUUUUCAAAACUCUUGGGACUCCUAUGGUACCCACCCAAUUAAUCAUAUAAAACUUGGUGACAUUCUGCAAGCCUCCUUUACCGCACUUGAAAGCCUGGUAAUUUGCUAUUGAGAUGUAAUUUCAACAGAUUAUUGAAGGUUGUGAAUAGAAGGGGGUAAAGAUGUUUUUGAACAAUAAUUUUGAUGAAAAGUAGAUUUGACUAAAUUUAAAGAACUACUCUUGAGUA